GCUACAACUUUCUCUGGAGGUUCUGGGGGGGCAUGUACAGCACUGCUGACCUAGAGGGAGCAUUGGUCUGAGACAUAAGGAGUGAUUGUGUGCAUAUGUCACAGGUGUCCAAGUGGUUGUACGUGUGCUCAGUGUCUGUGGGCCUUGUCAGAAACACCCCCAUGACAUGCCCAGCCAGGGUACCUUAGCUUCAGGGGAUACUGGUCAGAGACCUGAUGCAACUGGACCUGCCUGCAAGGAGUGAAGGAGCAAGGGGGUUCUUCGUGGUGGCAAGGGCCAUAACCCUUGUGCAGGUGUGUGUGUGUGUGUGUGUGUGUUAAACUGGGAAAUGGAAAAGGUGUAGGGCAGGCUGGGGCUGAGUCCCAGGCAGGGAGGGCCCUAGGAUUCUCAGAACAGGACUCCGUAAGAUGCUGUUGAUUAACUAGUUGGCCUCCCUUUUCCGUCUGGCACCCCAGAUUCCUUCACCCAGGCAACAAGCUGUGACUUUCCCGGGUUUGGGAGGAUGGCAGAGCCCAGGACAAGCUGGAGCUGAUUCAGGGCUCCUGAGUGGGGUCAGGCAUGGCAGGGUCCAGGAGGAUACUGCUCUGCCAAAGCCAAAGUAUCCUGUCUAACCAGGCCAAGGGCAGGAUCGGGGUUAGGCAGGGACAUUCCGGGGGACCCCUGGACUCAACCGCCCUACCGAUGAGCCCUACAGGUCCCGCCCCCCCGCCCCUAUGACCAACAUGAGCUGGAGCUUCCUGACUCGGCUGCUGGAGGAGAUCCACAACCACUCCACGUUCGUAGGCAAGGUGUGGCUCACAGUGCUGGUGGUGUUCCGCAUCGUGCUCACGGCCGUGGGCGGCGAGUCCAUCUACUCGGACGAGCAGACCAAGUUCAUGUGCAACACGCGGCAGCCGGGCUGCGACAACGUGUGCUACGACGCCUUCGCGCCCCUGUCGCACGUGCGCUUCUGGGUCUUCCAGAUCGUGGUCAUCUCCACGCCAUCUGUCAUGUACCUGGGCUACGCCGUGCACCGCCUGGCGCGCGCCUCCGAGGAUGAGCGCCGCCGCGCGCUCCGCCGCCGCUCGGGCCUGCGCCGCGCCCCCCGCGCCCCGCUGCCGCCGCCGCCGCACCCCAGCUGGCCAGACCCGGCCGAUCUGGGCGAAGAGGAGCCCAUGCUGGGCCUGGGCGACGACGAGGAGGAGCAGGGCCCCGACGGGCUGGGCGACGACGCAGACGCGGAGGAGGCAACGGCCAAAGGCGGGGACAACAAGGCGGGUGCAGGGGGCCCGGCCGGGCAGCACGAUGGGCGGCGGCGCAUCCAGCGCGAGGGCCUGAUGCGCGUGUACGUGGCGCAGCUGGUGGCGCGGGCCGCCUUCGAGGUGGCCUUCCUGGUGGGCCAGUACCUGCUCUACGGCUUCGAGGUGCGGCCCUUCUUCCCGUGCAGCCGCCAGCCCUGCCCGCAUGUGGUGGACUGCUUCGUGUCGCGGCCCACCGAGAAGACGGUUUUCCUGCUGGUCAUGUACGUGGUCAGUUGCCUCUGCCUGCUUCUCAACCUCUGCGAGAUGGCGCACCUGGGCCUGGGCAGCGCGCAGGACGCCGUGCGCGCCCGCCGCCCGCCUCCCACCGCCCCUGCGCCGCGUCCGCCCCCCUGCGCGCUGCCGGCCGUGCCCGCCGGCCUGGCCUGCCCGCCCGACUACAGCCUGGUGGUGCGCGCGGCCGAGCGCGCGCGCGCCGAAGACCAGACCCUGGCCAGCCUGGCGCUGCAGGCGCUGCGGGACGGCCACGCGCACGGGGACUGCGACAGUCCCCCGCCCUGCCCCGGCCUUGCUGCAGCCUCCCGGGGGCCCGCCAGGGUCGGCGCACCCGCCUCGGGCUCGGGCAGCGCCACGUCGGGGGGCACGGGCGGCGGGCAGGGCCGGCAGGGCGGGAAGCCCCGGGCGGGCUCGGAGAAGGGCAGCGCCAGCAGCAGGGAGGGCAAGACCACGGUGUGGAUCUGAGGCGUGUCCCCUCCGCCCCCCCCCCCCCCCACCUGGCGGUGGGAAGCUCUGGGCGCCGUGCCAUCUGCCUUCUUCCCAGCCCUGCUGGCCUGACCCCCGAGGGGGCAUCCCUUCCCGCCUGAGGCCCCUCUGGAACUUGGA